CAUAGUGCUGCACCAGCCGAGGAGAUUGUAUUUCGUAUACGGCGAAUGAUUUCCAGUUGUAGCACCUUUGACAGCAUCCACCACCUUCUUUCCCCUAACCUUUCAGAUGAUAUCUGCAGCUCCAUCUCGAUUCAAGGCUUUGCUGGCAUCUGUUUAUAGACGACCCCUACCUCGAACAGCUCAGUCCGCUAGGCAUUACACCAAUGGUCAGAAGCAAGAAGAACCAGUGAUUCCUCCUAUAAAUGAACUCUUAAGUAAAAAGUCCAUCAAGAAUGCUUGGGCAGCAUUAUCGACAACCAAGAAGCUUUUAUUUGGAGUAGUUGUCAUUAUAGGAGGUGCUGGGGAGUACGCCUUGAUGAAGAGAUACAUCUUGGAGCCGGCAAAGGAAAGAAAAAGAUUGAGGGAUCAAGAUUCAAAACUCAAUGCUCAGCUAGAUCUGGCAGGGGGUGAGAAUAAAAAUGUUCUUCCAGAGUCACAAUAGGCCUUUCGUAUACAAAUGCAUAUCGAAUAGAAGGAUCAUUGGAUAUCUCUGCUCUUUCCUUUUCUCUGUAUCAAGUAUGUGGAUCAAUUCACUAUCCAGUACUAUUCCCUAUAACAAUGUACCU